AUGGCUGCCCCGCAGUAUUAUGAUAUUGUUCAGGCGAGGGAGGGGCGUGAUGUUCUAUGGCGGCCUAAGGCAGAAGUAAGGCGGUCAAAAUGUCGGUGUAUGAAUCUGCCGGCAGUUCUCUGGUCGUUCGUCGGAGCGUUGCCUACGUCUUCUCAAGAAUGUAACUUCGGAUCUUCUCUUCGACCUGGCCGACACGAAACUAGGGCCUUGGUGAUUCCGCAGGAUAUGGAAAGUCCCACGCCGCCAAUACUCCACGGGCCCACGUCCAAGGAGAAGAAAUAUGACCGCCAGCUACGACUGUGGGCUGCCAGCGGUCAGGCUGCUCUCGAAGAAUCACGACUUCUUCUCAUAAACUCUGGCCCUGGUGUAGUUGGAAUAGAAACAUUAAAGAAUCUAGUAUUGCCAGGUGUUGGUCAUUUCACGAUUCUCGACUCCGGCAUAAUCACUGAAGCUGAUUUGGGUGUGAACUUCUUUCUCGAGGAGCAGCAUCUGGGCGGUUAUCGAGCAGAGCAUACGUGCAAUCUGCUCAAGGAACUGAAUCCAGAUGUCCAAGGGGACUUCAUAACAGAUCAUAUAGAGUCGUUCCUCUCCAAUCAAUUAGCUUUGAAGCCAUACACGCUCAUCAUGGUCACAUCUCCCGUAAAAGCCGAGAUCCUUGCUCAAAUAUCAUCACAUGCGUCUACUACAGGAACUCCCAUCUUCUACAUACACUGUGUAGGUUUUUAUGCACAAUUUUCCGUUCAUCUGUCACCUUCAUUUCCCAUUGUCGACACACAUCCUGAUCCGUUAUCAACACAAGACCUUCGCCUACUUACCCCAUGGCCUUCGCUAUUAGAUCUGGCGAGACGAAAGACGACAGGCCUAGAACAGAUGAAUGAGCAUGACCAUGGGCAUGUACCUUAUGUGCUACUGCUUCUCCACUAUCUCGACCUCUGGAAAGCUGAACACGACGGACAGGCACCUGGCAAUUAUAAAGACAAGACUGCGUUCAGAGAGUCCGUCGCCAAGGGAGCACGUACCAACACACCGGAAGGGGGCGAGGAAAACUACGACGAGGCUGUUGCUGCGGUCUUGAAGUCUUUAAACCCACCAUCUCUAGGCAGUGGCGUUAGGGAGGUGUUCGAGGCUGCGGAGUGCCAGAAUCUCACUACCCAGUCUGCAUCGUUCUGGAUAAUAGCGCACGCCAUAUCCACCUUCCACAAGACUCACUCAGCACUACCUCUACCAGGCUCUGUACCAGAUAUGAAGGCACAGUCCAAAGAUUACAUCGAGCUCCAGAACACAUAUAAGACUAAAGCGCGGCAUGAUAUCGGUGAAGUCACGGAGAACGUCCGCGCCAUCGAGAAGCAACUUGGUCGAACUUCACAAAUCGAGGAUAGCGAAAUCGAAGCCUUUUGCAAAGGGGCAGCUCACAUCAAAUUGGUGCGUGGGCGGCCAUUUCAUAUUAUGAUGCCGGGACAAAUGCCAGCAUGGGGAGAUCGUGCCAAGUUCGCGGCUUUAUCACUAACUGAUCCUGACUCUCUCGUACUCCUGUACAUUGCAUUUCUUGCUUAUGAUUCAUUCAUAUCAUCUCACACAACUGGUGGUCUUGGUAGUGCCUCGGUAGUCCCCGGCGAAAACAAUACAGAGAGCGACGUAGAGAUGAUGGCAAGUAUGGCAUAUGCCAUCACCGACGAUCUGAUACAACAGUCUGGUAUAGCUAUGUCAGCAUCAGAACAAACCGUUGCUAAAGGCAAGAUCGAGCAAUACGUACGCGAACUUGUUCGUGCCGGUGGCUCGGAGCUCCACAACAUUUCGUCUCUUGCAGGAGGUCUUAUUGCACAGGAAGUCAUCAAAGUGGUUACCAAGCAGUACGUACCGGUAGACAAUGUGUGUCUUUUCGAUGGCAUAAUGAGCAAGAGCUCGGUCCUGCGACUGUAG